UUGAAUGGCUCUAUAUAUUGCAGACUGGCUCUAUAGAUUGUUGAAUGGCUCUAUAGAUUGUUGACUGGCUCUAUAGAUUGUUGAAUGGCUCUAUAGGUUGUUGAAUGGCUCUAUAGAUUGUUGAAUGGCUCUACAGAGUGUUGACUGGCUCUAUAGAGUGUUGAAUGGCUCUAUAGAUUGUUGACUGGCUCUAUAGAUUGUUGAAUGGCUCUAUAGAUUGUUGACUGGCUCUAUAGGUUGUUGAAUGGCUUCGUGGAUUGUUGACUUGCUCUAUAGAUUGUUGAAUGUGUAGAGAUCCUAUUAAAUUACGAAUUCCUAAUUCUAUGGUUGAAUGGCUCUAUAGAUUGUUGAAUGGCUCUAUAGAUGCACAAGCAUUUCGCUACACCCGCAUAUAACAUCUGCUAAACACGUGUAUGUGACAAAUAAAAUGUGAUUUUAUUUGAUUUAUAUUGUUGACUGGCUCUAUGGGUUGUUGACUGGCUCUAUAGAUUGUUGACUGGCUCUAUAGAUUGUUGACUGGCUCUAUAGGUUGUUGAAUAGCUUCAUGGAAUGUGUAGAGAUCCUAUUAAAUUACGAAUUCCUAAUUCUAUGGUUGAAUGGCUCUAUAGAUUGUUGAAUGGUUAUGUGAAUUGUUGAAUUUCUUCUAUAGAUUGGAUGGUUGAUGUAUAUGAGCCAUUCAACAACCUAUAGAGCCAUUCAACAAUCUAUAGAGCCAGUUAAUAGGUUGUUGAAUGGCUCUAUAGGUUGUUGAAUGAUUAUCUGCAAUGUUUUAUGGCUAUAUGGAUUGUUGUCUGGCUCUAUGGAAUGUUGAAUGGCUUUGCAUUUGCUUGGUAAUUUAUUCUCUUCUUUUAUUCGGGAAUACUGGUCUGACCCCUUUAGACGCAGCCGGAGGCAGGACGUCAAGUACGGGAACCCCAUCCGGCAGUGCAGGGGCUUCAACUCCAAUGGUAAGACCAGUAUGUGCCAGUACCAGUGGGUGGAUGGGUUAGAGAUUUGUCUGCUAAAUGACUAAAAUGUAAAAAUGUAAAUUUUCAAUGGCGGUGAAUCCAUCUCAUUCAUUUUGAGAGGACUGACUUAAUUUAUGCCAUCACGCACCAGCACUUUCAUCUAAUAGAUAUAAAAUAAAACAUUGCUCUUUUGGAUUUUUGGUCUUUGUGGGACAUGAUACUGAAUCUAUGGUUGCCAUGGUGUCUUUCUCUCUCAGCUAAUAAGAACACCCUGGAGAUGGUGCAGUAUGGGGUGGAGGGCAGCAGCACCUUCCUGGAGUGCCAGGCCCGUUCUCCCCACGCAGCCAUCAAGUGGCACCUGCAGAGGGACAACAGUGACCGCCGGAAAGAGGUAAGCAGCCAUCUAUGACGCACACAAUAUCACUCAAACUAGUUUUCUUCCCAAAACACUGUUGAGAUCUAUACUCUCUGCCCAAUUGAACUGUAUACUCAGACAUAUUAAGGGAUACCAUGAACUAAGGUAACUCGAACCAUACAUCACCUCUCUGACAGGGAGUUUAUAGGUUUAGGAGUAAAUCUCUCAAGAAUGACAUGAUGUUCCCCUCUCUUGACAGCACUUCUUAUUCUGUUACAUAAUGAUGGUGAAGUGUCUUUGUCAGGCUGCUGUAUGUUUAAUCUGAAAGCUGACGUUGUCGGUCUAUUGAUGUAUUACUGUUGUCAGUCUAUUGAUGUAUUACUGUUGUCAGUCUAUUGAUGUAUUACUGUUGUCAGUCUAUUGAUGUAUUACUGUUGUCCGUCUUUUGAUGUAUUACUGUUGUCAGUCUAUUGAUGUAUUACUGUGAUAAAGAGAUAACAUCCAUCCAGAUAUGAUAACCAGGUGGUUGGUUUUCAUUUACAUUUACAUUUACGUCAUUUAGCAGACGCUCUUAUCCAGAGCGACUUACAAAUAGGUGCAUUCACCUUAUAGCCAGUGGGAUAACCACUUUACAAUAUUGUUGUUGUUGUUUUUUUUUUGUUUUUUUUGGGGGGGGGGUUGGAGUAAAGGGGGGGGGUAGAAGGAUUACUUUAUCCUAUCCCAGGUAUUCCUUAAAGAGGUGGGGUUUCAAAUGUCUCCGGAAGGUGGUGAGUGACUCCGCUGUCCUGGCGUCGUGAUGGAGCUUGUUCCACCAUUGGGGUCGCAGAGCAGCGAACAGUUUUGACUGGGCUGAGCGGGAACUAUGCUUCCGCAGAGAUAGGGGAGCCAGCAGGCCAGAGGUGGAUGAACGCAGUGCCCUCGUUUGGGUGUAGGGACUGAUCAGAGCCUGAAGGUACGGAGGUGCCGUUCCCCUCACAGCUCCGUAGGCAAGCACCAUGGUCUUGUAGCAGAUGAGAGCUUCAACUGGAAGCCAGUGGAGUGUGCGGAGGAGCGGGGUGACGUGAGAGAACUUGGGAAGGUUGAACACCAGACGGGCUGCGGCAUUCUGGAUGAGUUGUAGGGGUUUAAUGGCACAGGCAGGGAGCCCAGCCAACAGCGAGUUGCAGUAAUCCAGACGGGAGAUGACAAGUGCCUGGAUUAGGACCUGUGCCGCUUCCUGUGUAAGGCAGGGUCGUACUCUCCGAAUGUUGUAGAGCAUGAACCUACAGGAUCGGGUCACCGCCUUGAUGUUAGCGGAGAACGACAUGGUGUUGUCCAGGGUCACGCCAAGGCUCUUCGCACUCUGGGAGGAGGACACAACGGAGUUGUCAACCGUGAUGGCGAGAUCAUGGAACGGGCAGUCCUUCCCCGGGAGGAAGAGCAGCUCCGUCUUGCCGAGGUUCAGCUUGAGGUGGUGAUCCGUCAUCCAUACUGAUAUGUCUGCCAGACAUGCAGAGAUGCGAUUCGCCACCUGGUUAUCAGAAGGGGGAAAGGAGAAGAUUAGUUGUGUGUCGUCAGCGUAGCAAUGAUAGGAGAGGCCAUGUGAGGAUAUGACAGAGCCAAGUGACUUGGUGUAUAGCGAGAAUAGGAGAGGGCCUAGAACUGAGCCCUGGGGGACACCAGUGGUGAGAGCACGUGGUGCGGAGACAGCUUCUCGCCACGCCACUUGGUAGGAGCGACCGGUCAGGUAGGACGCAAGAGUGAGCCGCGCCGGAGAUGCCCAGCUCGGAGAGGGUGGAGAGGAGGAUCUGAUGGUUCACAGUAUCAAAGGCAGCAGACAGGUCUAGAAGGACAAGAGCAGAGGAGAGAGAGUUAGCUUUAGCAGUGCGAAGAGCCUCUGUGACACAGAGAAGAGCACUCUCAGUUGAAUGACCAGUCUUGAAACCUGACUGGUUUGGAUCAAGAAGGUCAUUCUGAGAGAGAUAGCAAGAGAGUUGGCUAAAGACGGCACGCUCAAUAGUUUUGGAGAGAAAAGAAAGAAGGGAUACUGGUCUGUAGUUGUUGACAUCAGAGGGAUCGAGUGUUGGUUUUUUGAGAAGGGGUGCAACUCUCGCUCUCUUGAAGACGGAAGGGACAUAGCCAGCGGUCAAGGAUGAGUUGAUCAGCGAGGUGAGGUAAGGGAGAAGGUCACCGGAGAUGGUCUGGAGAAGAGAGGAGGGAAUAGGGUCAAGCGGGCAGGUUGUUGGGCGGCCUGCCGUCACAAGUCGCAAGAUUUUAUCUGGAGAGAGAGGGGAGAAAGAAGUCAAAGCAUAGGGUAGGGCAGUGUGAGCAGGACCAGCAGUGUCAUUUGACUUAACAAACGAGGAUCGGAUGUCGUCAACCUUCUUUUCAAAAUGGUUGACGAAGUCAUCCACAGAGAGGGGGGGGAUUCAGCAGGGAGGAGAAUGUGGCAAAGAGCUUCCUGGGGUUAGAGGCGGAUGCUUGGAAUUUAGAGUGGUAGAAAGUGGCCUUAGCAGCAGAAACAGAUGAAGAAAAUGUAGAGAGGAGGGAGUGAAAAGAUGGCAGGUCUGCAGGGAGUCUAGUUUUCUUCCAUUUCCGCUCAGCUGCCCGGAGCUCUGUUCUGUGAGCUCGCAAUGAGUCAUCAAGCCACGGAGCUGGAGGGGAGGACCGAGCCGCCAGGAGGAUAGGGGACAUAGAGAGUCAAAGGAUGCAGAAAGGGAGGAGAGGAGGGUUGAGGAGGCAGAAUCAGGAGAUUGGAGGGAGAAGGAUUGAGCAGAGGGAAGAGAUGAUAGGAUGGAAGAGGAGAGAGUAGCGGGAGAGAGAGAGCGAAGCUUGCGACGGCGCAUUACCAUCUGUGUAGGGGCAGAGUGAGUAGUGUUUGGAGGAGAGGGAGAGAGAAAAGGAUACAAAGUAGUGGUCGGACACUUGGAGGGGAGUUGCAGUGAGAUUAGUAGAAGAACAGCAUCUAGUAAAGAUGAGGUCAAGCGUAUUGCCUGCCUUGUGAGUAGGGGGGGGCGGUGAGAAGGUGAGGUCAAAAGAGGAGAGGAGUGGAAAGAAGGAGGCAGAGAGAAAUGAGUCAAAUGUAGACGUAGGGAGGUUGAAAUCCCCCAGAACUGUGAGGGGUGAGCCAUCCUCAGGAAUGGAGCUUAUCAAGGCGUCAAGCUCAUUGAUGAACUCUCCAAGGGAACCUGGAGGGCGAUAGAUGACAAGGAUAUUAAGCUUAAAUGGGCUAGUGACUGUUUUCAACCUGAAGUGGUAAAGCCCAAACUGUCCCAGUACCAAAAGGAUGGGCCCAUACAUAAAACAACAUAAGACCCGCUCAUAGUUUCUCACCAUGAGGCGAUUGUUAAACUUUAUAGUGUAACUUAUGUUUCAUUGGCUUUUCUGUUGGAUUCUGCCUAUCCCCAUUGGCAUGGCUCAGUUGGCAGGGCUGUUGCUCAGCACAUCUGAUUCUGGAUAGAAAAUCUGUCAGCGGCUAAUAACACUCUUGGAUAUGUAUCAGGGAAACAUCAAAAGACAAUGGAAAACAUCACUAGAGCACUUACUUAACUGCAGGUCAAUGUGGAUUGUGUUAGUGGAAGAAUGUACAGGUAGUCAUAACACUGAUAUAGUGGUAUAGUUGGUGGUUGGUGAUGAUGCUGUGCUGCCAACAAGAGCAGGAAAUUAGCUGUCAGCUUGGCCUCUCCUCUGAUGUUUCUAACCUGGCAUUACAUCUUGCCUUAUUUCUUCCUUGUAGCUCAUAACUCUCUCUCUCUCUCGCUCUCGCUCCCGCUCUCUCUCACACUCUUUCUCUCGCUCUCUUCUCUCUCUUUCUCUCUCUCACUCUCUCUCUCUCACGCUCCCUCUCUCUCUCUCUCUCUCUCUCUCUCUCUCUCUCUCUCUCUCAGAUGCGCUCUGACGGGCGGGUACUGAAGACAGAGCAGGGUCUGCUGCUGCGUUCUCUCCAGCCCUCAGACUCCGGGGUGUACCAGUGCACGGCCACAGAGAAGAACUUCAAACACACGCUGGUCAAGCUGCAGCUGGUGGUCCUGUCCGGCCGAGCCGUCAACAACCUCCUGGUGGAGGGUGGGGGGCUGGGGCCGUCUCCGCCCAGUGCGGGUCAGUACAAGGACCUGCUGACCAUCCUGAGCCAGCCGGAGAUGGGCCUAAUCAACCAGUACUGUGAGGACUACUGGAAGCUGGGUGACCCCAUGAUGGGAGCCAUAAAGGGCAAAGACACGAAAGAGCUAAAGGAGCAGAAGAAACCACGCAACCGCCGACAUCACGGCGAGGGAGAGGAGGAGGAGGAGGUGGAGACAUGA